AAUAAAUAAUAAAUUCAAUUUUGUCCACAUUGCGUUAUAAUUGUGUGAAUAUUAUUACAAUGUUGAGCGAGACCGUACUAUACUUUAAUUCUAAGGUCGCUAUUAUAGAGAGUAUAGAUUGUGCGCCGGGGGAACGACAGUGACGCAACGAUGCGCUCGAGUUCCCCCACGUGAUCACUAUAAGCUACACGAAGCAUGGUCGUUUCUCCGUGAACACUGUAUGUUUACUCGUUUACCUCUGCAACGUUCUUGCGGCGCGUGGCUUAUUUUAGGCCUUUAUUCGUUAUUGAGUGUGUUGAGUAUUAAAUUUGUGUUCGGUACGGCUUCUAUACAGUGGCUUUCCUUAUUUUUCUUGACUUGUCCUGUCGUAUAUGCUGUGCCAGUUUUAUAAACAGAGAAACGAGGAUAUUAACCUCUCGCAGCAAAGAAUAUAUCGUAGGUUUACAGACGGCAAGUUCUUCAUACGCAAACGUUAUAUUGACUGUCACGUUCACAAAAACGUUAUUUGAAUUGAAAUAGAUUUUGUCACCAAUUAUUUUCUUCUGAAGUAAAAUACGGAAUCAUGCCUAAAUUAAAGAAACAAAAAUUUUAUAGUCGUCGGCAUCGAGGCCGACUUAUAAAAGAAAUGUUACAGGACAUUGAACUUGGUGGUAACUAUAAAGAAUCAGAAAAUUUAUCUGAAACGAGAAUGUCAGAGUGUGACAAUAAUAGUAAUGAUAGACAGUUGCAAAUAAACGAAGACAUUCCGUUCAAUUACAAUAAAGCUUGUAAUCGGUCAAUACAAGAGGAAGUAGAACAAGAAAUAGAAGAAGAGCAACAAGAAGUAGAAGAAGAGCAACAAGAAGUAGAAGAAGAGCAACAAGAAGUAAAAGAAGAGCAACAAGAAGUAGAAGAAGAGCAGGAUAUGGAACAAGAAGAAGAAACAAUCUUACCGAACGAAUACGAUAGCGAAGAUUCAAUGGAAUCGGAACGCGAUGUUGAUAACGAAAUAAAUAUUGGUAGAUUGCAGACAAAUCUAGUGCAAUGGAGUCAUGCAAACAAUAUAUGUAUAUCUGCCGUAACUAAUCUUUUACACGUAUUAAGAACCGAAAAUUGUAUGAAGAGCCUUCCACAAAAUGGUCGAACACUUUUAAAAACACCUAGAAAAUAGGAAGUUAUUCAAAUGGAACAUGGACUGUACUGUCAUUUUGGAAUAGAAAAGGGCUUGCAGCAUAUAAUUGAACUCAAUGAUGGCCUCAGGUGUCUACCAGAAGAAGUACAUUUAUCUGUUAAUAUAGAUGGACUACCUCUUGCUAAAAGUUCCAAGAGCCAACUAUGGCCUAUUCUUGGGAGUUUUAGAAAUUUUAUAAAUAAGAGACCAUUUUUAAUUGGAGUCUUUUACGGGUAUGGGAAACCACCAGGCAUUGAAUUAUAUUUACGAAUGUUUAUCGAAGAAGCUGAAAACCUAAUUCAAAAUGGCUUUACUUAUGCUGGCAAGAACAUUCCAUUCAUAAUUGAUUGCUUCAUAUGUGACGCUCCUGCGAGAGCUUAUGUUUGCUCUAUAAAAAGUCAUAGCGGAUUUUAUGGGUGUCCAAAAUGUGAGACUAAAGGUAUCUAUCAAGGAAAAGUAGUAUUUCCAGAAAUGAAUGCUUCGUUGCGUACCAAAGAAUCAUUUAUCAAUCAAACCCAAAUUGAACACCAUACUGGAGUAAGUCCCUUGUUAAAACUUAACAUAGAUAUGAUUUCCCAAUUCCCCCACGAUUAUAUGCAUUUGGUACUACUGGGACAAGUGAAAAAAAUGCUGAAAUUAAUGACCGGAAAAUUAAAUCCAAUGAAACUGGGAACACAACAAGUUCUCGAAAUUUCACGUAAACAACUUGCAUUAAGAACACACAUUCCAUUAGAAUUUGCUCGAAAACCCAGAGCAUUAGAUGAGCUUGAUCGAAUGAAGGCAACCGAAUAUAGAGAAUUUCUCUUGUAUACUGGACUAAUAGUUCUUCGUAAAGUCGUAAGACAGGACAUAUAUGAGCAUUUUCUUAAAUUAUCAAUAGCUAUACGUAUCUUAGCAACUCCUGAAAUAGAUGUAGAACAAAACAGGUACGCAAAAAAUUUAUUACAAGAGUAUUUUACCGACUUUUUAUUAUUGUAUGGAAUAAACAAUGCUACAUAUAAUACACAUGGAUUGUUACAUCUGGCUGAUGAUGCUUUACAAUGGGGAGCAUUAGACAAAUUUUCCGCAUUUAUUUUCGAAAACUACUUGCAAGAAAUCAAGAAAAUUGUGAGAAAAAGUGAUAAACCUCUUCAGCAAAUAAGUAACAGAGUUUCUGAAUUAAGAAGAAAUUGUGUUACCGUUGAAAUUAUCGAUCGCAUUAAUACCUAUAAAUUAAGGAGAGAAUGUUACAAUGGACUCUUGAUAAAUGAUUGCAGACCGCCGAUGUAUACAAAGAUUCAAUUCCAACAUUUUACAAUUACUACAAAAGCUCCUAAUAACUGCUGCAUAAUGAAAGAUGAUAGUAUUGUUAUGGUAGAAAAUAUUUGCCAUCGUAAUAAUAGUAUUGUCAUUAUUGGCAAACUUGCGAAAAAUGAAAAAUCGUUUUUUAAUUCUCCAGCACCAUCGACUUGCUUCGGAAUAGUACAAUUUCCUGGCGAAUACAGUUCUUUGAGAUCGUUUCCAAUUGAAAAUAUAAAAAAUAAAGGCGUCGUUCUUCCUAUUUUUGAACAUCGCCACAACAAUAUCGUAAUAUUUCCAUUGAUACACAGUCAGUAAUUAUCUAUUAAUUAUUUAAAUAUUUCACUAUAUACAUAAAUGUCUUCACGAUUUUGCAUUGUCCAUUUUAUGGAAGAAAACACUGUAGAAGUUGUGCCAGAUUUUUGGAUUUGUACAUCAAUGGAUACAUGUUGCUGGCCCAAUACUACUUUCCCCAAGAAAAAUGUUGUUCGUAGAACACUUCCCAAUAAACAUUGGAAGAUCUACAAGUGCAGAGUCCUCAGCACGUUUGACGAUUUCGAUACAGCUCAGUCAAAUUUGAAAGACGCCGAAAUUUCAUCGGAUUUUCCAUCAAAAAAUGUAAAAUCUUUGGGAAAACGAUUAUCUAAACGUAAUCGCAAAUAUUAUAGUAACAGCAAUUCAUCAGAUGAAACAGAGAGCUGUACAAAGAAAAAGGCAACAUUCCUGCACAAUGCAUCGAAGCCAAACUUCACAAGUACAAGUGCUACAAGUAAUUCGUCAAACGAUGAAGAAGAAAAGGAAAAUACGCUUCCGAAAAAACCAAACGUACAGUUACCUAAAGCCUUCGCAGUUACCAACGAAAAAGUUGUAAAUGCAAAUUGUGAGGCUCCUAGAAAAAAGAUUACUUUUUCAGCCACGAAGUCACCACAAAACUACCGCAAUAGCGUUAUAGAUGAUGCACAACCAGGAUGCAGCAAGAAUAUGUAUCAAGAAGAACAAAGAAUAAUAUCCUCAAUUCCUCGCAAAGAAACAUUACUAACAACAUCAAACUAUAUCGGUGAAAGUGAAUUCGAAAAACUAGUAAUACGUGACUUAAUCAAAAUAAAAUUUGAUGUUAAAGAAAUACGGGAUGUUUUAGUGCCAAUAGUACAAGAUAUUUUAAAUAAUCCUCAAGAAAACUUUCGCGAAAGGAACAUCAGGCACGCAAGACAGGAAGAAGAAUUGGAAAAUAUUCUGCCUACAUUUCCAUUCACAAUUAUGCAGGAUUGGUAUGAUCUAGAAACGUUGUUGUCUAAUAACACGGUCGCGUGUGAACAACUUGAAAAAAUGUUUUCCACUCGAGGUGGAAAAGAUGGCAACGAUAUGAUAAGACGAAUACUUGGAGCUGUGUUUUCUCCACAACUUUCAGCGAUGAUUUCCUGGCAAGGAAGAAAAAAUAAUAUAAAACUGCAAGGAACUAUUGUUGCACGUACGAUAUUUGUUAUCGUGAAAAAGAAGUUUAAAAUGGAUGACCGACAGAUAGAGCUUACUGUGAUAAAUUGGUUCCGCCGUUCAUCCGAAAGGAUUAAAAAAAAUCCAGAAAUUAAUAAUGCUGAUUAAAAGUUUCCUCGUCUGGACUAAUAUUUUAUGAGUCUGUUACAUGUCAACAGCCAUCCGGAUGGUCUGAUAUAUAUAAAAGUAGUACCGAAUUAAAAAAAAAAACAAGUUUUAGUUUGACCGAAGAAAACUAGAUUUGAAAAUGAAAUUUGGAAAUUCCUUCCAAAUCUUGUUUUCUUCGGUCAAACUAAAACUUGUUAUUAAGUCUUUGGUAUUAAGAUGAAAAGUUUAAGACUCUGUCUUAUUCGCAAUAUUUGAUUAGGCUUACUUUUUUUUAGAAUAAGAUUUUUUUUUAGAUAAAAAUGUGAUUUAUUAAGUAUGUAUUAAGAUAAAAAGUUUAAGACUCUGUCUUAUUCGCAAUAUUUGAUUGGACUGUUUUACUUUUUUUUUAGAAUAAGAUUUUUUUUUAGAUAAAAAUGUGAUUUAUUAAGUAUGUAUUAAGAUGAAAAGUUUAAGACUCUGUCUUAUUCGCAAUAUUUGAUUGGACUGUUUUACUUUUUUUUUAGAAUAAGAUUUUUUUUAGAUAAAAAUGUGAUUUAACUAAUGUGAACGUGAAAAAUAGCACGUCGAUAAUAAGUAAAAUGUUACUAUUGUUAAUUUAUUGCUUUGCAAUAAAAAAAUUAAGAUUUUUGAACAAGAACAAAUAAUAUGUUAAAUAUUGCAGUAUUAAGAGUGAAUCGGACGUACAAUGCAAAGUUAAUUAAAUUUCAAAAUGUAUUUAAAUAUUUACACUUUAAAUAAACUAUAUACAUAUAAAAGUUAAA